GCUUGGUCUCAUCGACCGAGGCUGCGGUGGCCAGGGAGUGGUAGUUGGCAGCACCAAUACACAGCUAGGCCAUAGCAUCGUCGGGCUGGUGAUUCGCCGUCCAUUGGUGAACAAUUUGCCGACCAAUCAUUGGGAAAGUGUUGUCGAAAAUAUCCAAUAGUUCAUCUCAUCUCAUUAAAUUUUUGAAGGGAAGUCGUCAAGAUGGAGCAGCAGCAGCUGACCACCGCUGAUGGCCAGCAAGUGACCGUGAUGCAGGCGGUCCAGGGCGGCCAGCAGGUGCAGGUGCUGCAGGUCGGCCAGGGUCAGGUCCUCCAGGGCAGCGGCGGCCAGCAGAUCAUGCUGCAAACCCUUCCCCAGGGUGCGCAGACCAUCCAGAUGGCGCCAGGCAACAUUCAGGUGCUGCCCAUGUCGGCGAUUCAGGGCUCGACCGGCACUCAGCAGCUCGUCCUGCAGCAGCAGCCGCACCUCAUCCAAACAUCAGACGGACAAACCUUCAUCUACCAACCCAUGCCAGUGGAAAAUCAGAACAAUGUUGUCCAACAAGCUCAACCCACCGUUAUCAACCUGAAUGGAAAUAUACUUCAAAUUGCAAACCCAACGGCUAACGCCAGCACAAGUCAGCAAACUCAAGCGCAGCCCAGCACUAGUUCAGCAGUUUCGCAGAGCAUCAGUAAUGGCAACUAUGUCAUGCAAGUGGUGCCCAAUGCGUCAAGCAGCUCAGGCAACGUUGCCAGUUUCCAGAGAAUGCCCAUUGCCACCAACGAGAUUCUGGAGGAAGAACCGCUCUAUGUCAAUGCCAAGCAGUACAGGCGCAUCCUCAAGAGACGACAGGCGCGCGCCAAGCUGGAAGCGGAAGGAAGAAUUCCCAAAGAGAGACCGAAAUACUUGCAUGAGUCAAGACAUCGUCAUGCGAUGAACAGGAUUAGAGGAGAGGGCGGCCGAUUCCACUCUGGCUCUGUGAAGAAAAGAAGGAAUGCGGAGAAGCAAGCAGCUGCUGCAGCGGCUGCGGCGGCAGCAGCAGCGGCCAAUCAGAUGACCCAGCAGCAGGUCGAUGCCACCUCUGCCAGCAUGUCCAAUAAUACCUUGGUCAUCGAGGUGCAGCCUGGCUUUGAGUUGGCGAGCAUGUGAGACACGGGUCAGCAGGAACUGAUAGUUCCUACGGCCGCAGACAGUUUGAAAAACUUUGUGAUGGUGUUGCAAAGUGGUGGACUCAUGACCGGUUCCCUAGUCUAAGAGACGAGUGAAGCGGAGUUUAAUUAUUUGCGAUAAUCCACUUGAGUGACCUGAGACUGUAAACAACCUCGUGUAAAUAUUUUCCCAAAAUUUGUAGUCUUUUGUUAAACGUAAGGCAUUUCUCUAGAAUUUUUUAUUUUGAGACCACUAUGUAAAUUCUUUAAUUUAUUUUAUCCCUGGAUUUGUUGCGCUUUGUAAAACAUUUUCGAUUUUCUUUAACAUGGAAAUAUUUUCCCAUUCUUGUAAAACUAUUUUUGAUUUUUCUAAAUAAUUCAAUAAGACUCAAAAUUACAUCUUACUUAAAUCGUCUAAAAGUAACAAUAUCGACGUAGAUGCCAUCAUCACUAAAAAAUUGCACAAAACAAUACAAAGGGCUUCUGGUCUUAAUAUGAAUUUAGCGCUUGAUAAUGAGCUUCAGGCCUUUUUACACGAAUAUGGGUAAUUUUCAAAUUAUCAAUCUUGUCUUGCCAUUUUCAAUGUAGUUAAUAAAAAUUGUUAUUAUUUAGAGUAUUAUUGGACCUGCACAUCUUUGCAAUUUUGUACGAAGUUGCAAAUUUCUAUGUACCGAACAUUGUCCAGAUCGAUCUCUUACCUCAGCAGCACAAAAACAACUCCCACAAUCAAAUUCAGUUGUGCAGACUUGAAUAAUUAUAAAAACAUGCAACUAUUUUACUACUGUAACUGUAAAUAGACCAAAUAACAAGAGCAUACCUAACAAACACACUAUGAAGAAAAUAAUAUAUCAUCAAUAUUUGUAAAAGAAGAUACUUGUAUAUUAUGGAAUCUCCAAAGGUCUAAUGUACAACUUAACAUGAUAGACUAGCAAAAUAUUUAGCACUUUUUGUAUCCUGGUCGAAUGGAAGAUUGGGAUUCACAAGUGUAUUGUGGGCCAUACAGGGGACGUUAACGCAAAGACUUGCUAUGCAAUGAAAGGACGUGGAAAAAUGUAAAAAUACGAAGUUGGAUAUAUAUUAUGUAUUCAAUUAGUGCUCAUUUAUUUUGCUCAUUACUCAAUUUGGCAUAUGUGGAAUUGAAAAAAGAAAACAAUAUAUAUGUGCACGAUCAUUGCAUGACAAUAAAUAAAUAUCACUUUCGAAAAC